AUUUCAAUUUCGUGAAGUAAACAAAACGUUUUUUUAAAGAAAUUUCCACAAUUUAAGCUAAAAAAUGUCGGUACAAUGCCAAUUAUGGAUGGGUUCCUUGGAGCCUUAUAUGACAGAAAAUUUCAUCUUAAACGCCUUCCGUAAGAUGGGAGAGGACCCAAUUUCGGUGAAAUUGAUGCGAAACAAGUACAGUGGCGAGGCAGCUGGUUAUUGUUUUGUCAGUUUCAAAGCUGACGAAGCCGCCAUGGAUGCGAUGCACAAAUUAAAUGGCAAACCGAUCCCCGGCACGAACCCCGUCGUGCGUUUUCGUCUCAAUAAUGCCAGUAACAGCGUUCGAGCAGGCGGCGAUCGCGAAUUUUCCGUUUGGGUCGGCGAUUUGACCUCCGAUGUCGACGAUUACAAUUUAUAUCGCGUUUUUUCCGCGAAAUACACGAGCAUCAAGACAGCCAAAGUCAUUCUGGACAACAGUGGGUUCAGCAAAGGAUAUGGUUUCGUCAAAUUCGGCAUCGAGGACGAGCAACAAGAUGCGUUGUACAAAAUGAACGGCUAUAUCGGGCUCGGAAGUAAGCCGCUGCGCAUCUGUAAUGCCGUGCCAAAGCCCAAAGAUGGUGUGACACCAACAACUGCGAUCUCGACAACGACGGCAGCAAGUAUUUUGGCGAAUUAUGCGGAAUAUAAUCCAGCGACGGGCUACACGGCAUACGAUCCGUCAUCGCAGUACUGGCAAAACUACAAUUGGCAGAAUUAUUAUGAUCAGCAGGCGCAACAGCAAACGCCGCAAGUCGAUUAUUCGGCGUAUCAGCAACAAACGCCGGCCUACGAUGCGGGAAUGACGAUGCAGCAGCAGCAGAUGAACGACGAUUUGGCGCUCGUGGAACACAAAACGACGGUAGAUGUGGAUAAGUUGAACAAUGAGACGAAUGAGAGAGAUUGUAAUUUGUGGGAUCAACUUGAACGGAGUAAAUGGUUGCCGUUGGAGCAGUUGGAGUUGGCUGCUAGUUCGUAGGAAUAAAGAAUUUUUUUUAGGAAAGAAAAUUGGAUUUUUAUUUAAAAUUUUGAAAAAUAUUGAUUUUGAAAGCAAAUUAAAAAAUUAAAAAAAAAUCGAAUUUAAUUGCAUGAAA